AUGGAUUGUACAGGAUUUAAUAAAAAAUUCAAAAAUAAUGCCGUUGAUAUGCCAAUGAUAAUGUAUUUGUGUGACGAAAUGGCAAAAGGAGGCGAUGAACACUUUUUUAGUACUUUAAUUAAGCUUGGUAUCUUGGCGGACGUAUUUGCGUAUCGUAGUGAAUACUACAAAGACGUUGAUGUAACUGCACGAGAACAUGGACACAAUAAAUUAGCUGAGAUGAUUGCCAUGUCUUCAAGGUACAUAAGAAUUCAAACUGUUCUAUAAUUAUUUUGUUGUUCAAUAACUGUAAUAUGAGAUCUUUUUCAGGGAGCUACCGUGCAUUCAUGACAUGGAAACAUUAACAAUUGGAAAACUUAUUGAUGCUGUUCAACAAGAAAGAUCGUUGGCAAAUUCUGGUCAGUGUUUAUAUAGAUGAAACUUUUACUUAACUUCCCAACGGCAUUAUGAAGCAACAUUUCAAAGUCAUAGUUAAAAAUAGAUACACUAGGCGUACAUAUAUUUGCGCUGAUUGUUGUACUGAGCACCUCAUGCAACCCCCAACAUACACAGUAAUUCGGUAUCCCUGCAUAAUUCAAUUCAGCUAAGAAAGCGAGUAUAAUUAUUAAAAAUUAUAAUAUUGUUCCUCUUAUUUUAAUAUUUUGGCGUGUUUAAAUAUUUGAAUUUAAGUUAACGGAUGUUAAUUUUUAUUACGUUUGAAAUUGGAGUUGGACUUAUUAAGUCGAUUCUAGUCGAGGCCCGUUUCAAACAUUUUCUGAAGCAAAUUUUGUCGGUACAAUAGAUGUCAGUACAAUGCCAUUAAUUCUAAGAUUUUCGAAGGACAUUUUUCAAUUUAUUGAACUAAAUUUGGAAAACAAUGUGGAAGCACUGCACAAAAUAUUGCAUGCAGUCUCAGUGUAGUAAAUUUCGAAAAAUCGAAACUUCUGCUGCAAUGAAAUAACACGCUACAGUUCUAAAUCCUCUGUUGGAUUAUACUUGCACAUUCACUGAGACUGAGCUAAAACAAUUGUACUGAUUAUAAACAACACGCAGUUUCUGCUCGAUUCUAAUUGCCCAAAGGUUUUAAGCUGUUGUUGCAAAGCGUAAUCUUGAAGAAAUAAUGAAAAAAUAGUGUUCCAAAUCGUUCGUAUUUCAACACUACACUUCAAAUUUUAACAGCAAGACAUUGGAAUUUUACCUUCACUCCUCGACGACCACCAUUUCUCUGACUUAUCUUGCUCUGUACAUUACUUCAUUUUUUAAAAUACCACAAAUAAAACAAUCCGUGGUUUCUUUUAUUUCUCAUGAAGUCACCAGGAUUUGUAUAAAAGUGGUACGACUUGUACGGGCAUACACAAUUAAGUUAAUCCAGUCAUACUUCCAUAACGUACUUUUGACUCUAAAACAACAUCUCCGAAGAAAACUAUUUCUCACUUUCCAAUGAUUUUUAUUUUUAGAUCCCAUUUAUGGUUCCGGUUCCGAUGAUGAUUCAAAUUCUUGUUUAAGUGGUUAUAAUGGAGAUUGCGACUCUGAAGGUGAACAUUAAAUUUGUAUUAUUUUCUAAUCACUAGGCUAUAAGCUUAGCCGAACACACUUAUCCUAACCAAAGUAAAUUAAGAGUAAAUAAUUUGGUAUGAAUUUCUGAUGGCAACCGGGUAAUUUGCUGCCAAACGUCGUGUGGUGGGUGAUGUUGUAGAAUUUGUAGGGGCCUCUUUUGACAAUUUUAUGAAUUCAUCAUUACCCUAUAGUGUUAAUAAUGAUUGUCCCCGAAACUUUAACUGCUUUGUCGGACGCAUUUUAACCACCUCGGUAGAAAAAAUACUCUGUCAUGAACUAAUGCAUGUAUGCAGUUGUAUCUGUUUUGUUUUUAACUGACAAGCCGUUUUAUUUGUUCAUUCCAUCAAGGUGAUCAGUUUGAAGACAAUACUGAUGCUAUUUUUGGCGGCUGUGAAUCACAAAACAAUAGCGGUGAGUAGGGCAAAGGCCACAGUUGAUUACUUAAUUAUUUAAAUUGUUUAAAGUAGUAGUACUAUUUACUUGGAGAUUUUUUAAUUAUAAUACAAUAUUCAGAUCUAAAUUAUGAGAAAAAGUCAUUGAAUGAUGUCAUAAUUGAAGAACCAGAGUCACCUUCAGGUAAUAUUUUUUAA